AUAUAAUAGUAAUCCUGAUUCCUGAGCCACCUGUAAUGACAGAACUCAGGAUUAAGAUCAACGCUGGUGGAGUCGUGAGUGAACUCAGUGGAGGCUGGACGUAAACAAAAUACCUACUUACUGUUAUAUCUUUGCCUUGCCUCUUGCUUCACUACCAUACCCAUCACCACAACAACACUAACACAACACUAACAACCACCACAGUACUUUAGCCAAAUCAUUACAAAGAAAGAAAAAAAGAGGAAAAAAACAAGAGACAUCCCACGAUAUGUAGAUAAGUAAAUGUCAAAACUCAGAACUCGUAACUGAUAUUGUGGAGAUAAUAGGACUGAGUCACCUGAACACACACACAGAAUGACAAUGAAGGCAGGGAAACACAGGGACAGGAAUACCCAAUAACCAGUGAACAGUGAAGAUUGCGCCACCAUAUGUGUCAGCUGUGACUGUCAGAGUGAGUGCCGGUGCCAUGGAGGCGGUGAGUGCCAGCCACGUCAGCGAGGCAUGGUGGACUGAGGCAUGCAAGAAGGUGAAGAAUGCUCUGGUGUUUGUGGACGGACCAACAGCUGAGAGUCUGCACUGGAGUGGUGGGCUGGGCAGGCUGGCUGACGCUGGGGCCAAGAAUGUCAAGGAGUUCUCGUCGUUUGAGAAAGGCGGCGAGAGGGACGUGAAGGCAGCCUUCCUGCUGAGUGGUCCAGUGCGCGGCACCACAGCCACUGUGCUCAAAGACGUCAUCCAGGCAUCCAGCUUCCACUACUGCGUGGUGGUCAGCUCAGCCCACCCCAGCGUGCACACCUAUGCUCGGUACGGCGGCCGGGAUGUAGACGAUGGCGUGCUGACCACUGAGCUGGAACAGAAUGUGCUGACCUGGAUGGGCAACAUGAACUACACCGUGGAAAUAUUUUACCUCCCUCUGGUCAUCGUCCCGUACUCUGAGGACCUGUUCUUCAUGCCAGUGUUUGCCUCUCUGUACCCGCUGCUCAGCCCCGACGUGCCCCGAAUAUCCAAACACCACCAGGCAGUGACUCGCGGUGACAAAAUCAAGCCCCUCGCUGGUCUAGGUGAAGUUGAGUUCCACCACCUCCCCCAUGAGAUGCGUGUGUGUGUGCGGCAGCUGGUGGCAGCCAUGCAUAGCCUCCUGCAGGGGAUGAACGCACGGGAGGAGAUCUUCACCAUGGGACAGACGGCUCACAUUGUCGGCACAGAGCUGGAUGUGUUUCCUCCAGCAAGACAGAGACGAAAGGUGGCAACCAACAAGGUGUCGCUGGUGGUGGUGGACCGCACGCUGGACCUUGUGAGUGCUGCAGACCAUAGCGGCGACACAUUGAUGGCCCGCCUGCUGGCCCUGCUGCCUCGCCUGCCUGGCCACUGCCUUGACUCAGCUAUCAACAUGGCGCCGCUCUGUGAUGUCCAUCCGUCAUGUGAGUGGACGCUGGUGCCGGGUUGUCUGGCGCCGCAGGGCAGGGAGCAGCGGGCAGCGGAGGUCCUCGGGUCGCUGGUCACUGCUCCGCCCAAGGAAACACUCUCACUGCUUAACAAACAUGUGGUGGAGGCAGCCAGUCGCAAGGACCUCCCUCCAGGCUCACCACAGAAGGAGGGCAAACUGAUGGUGGACAACCUGAAGAGGAACAUCCAGCAGUUUGCCUCGGACAUUGACGCUUUCACAGACAAUGCUGCUCUGCUCCAGCAAGGUCUUGGGGCAGUGGAGGCAGUGACAGACCCUCGCCACACACACCAGGACCAGCUGUUCAGCCUGGAGAAGCGACUCCUGCAGGCCCUGGCCGACCCAGAGGAGACGCCGCCCUUCACCCAGAUCUUCCAGCUGUUGAGGACACGGAAGAGCCACGGAGUCACCCUGGACGAUCUGCUGAGCCUGAUGGUGUAUGUGGCGUCACUGGGAGGCCCUGGUGUAUUCUCCCAGCGAGAGGAGUAUGCCCUCAUCAACCUGCUGUCCCAUGCCAUUGUGGAGGAUAAGGAGGAGCUCUCAGACCUCCUCCUUGAAUUGGUUGGGGAUGAAGUGGAUGAGGUGUCAGCCCUGAAGACAGCCCAGAGUGUAGCCAGCCAGCUCCACGCCCUCACCACCGCCAGGGAACACCUCAAAAACUACCGGAGUGUACAUUCCCCGGGUGACGGGGUGGAGCCGGCUUCCUACCACAGCCUGUUGCCACGGCUGGUGCAGGACUGCCUGGCUGCACCUCAGGGGGAGAUCACUGACCUGGAGUACAAGUCAGCCGGGUUCAAGGACCUCAUCAAGACCGGCUUCAGCCUGUUUGUCAAUGUAAGCAAGCCUUCCCCACGUGAUGCUCCUGUCAUGCUGGUGUGGGUGGGGGGAGUGUCGCCAGGGGAGGUGAAGGAGGUGAGACGCACAGUGAAGGCCCUCGACUCUCCCUGCAGAGUGAUCCUUGCCUCCUCACACUUGUCCUACCCAAGGGACACUGUACAGAAGGCAAUGCAGCCCAACUUUUUCCUCAGAGGGUUUUAAAGGGUAGGUUUAAGGCUGUUUCACUCUCUCUCUCUCUCUCUCUCUCUCUCUCUCUCUCUCUCUCUCUCUCUCUCUCUCUCUCUCUCUCUCUCUCUCUCUCUCUCUCUCUCUCUCUCUCUCUCUCUCUCUCUCUCUCUCUCUCUCUCUCUCUCAUAAUAGUAGAAACAGUAAUGGGGAUAGUAGUAAUAGUAGUAGUGGUAGUAGUAGUGGCAGUUAGUCAUGUAUUUCAGGUCUUCAUAUCAUUAAGCUAUUUAAUGGUUGACAAAUUAUAUCAUUACAUGUCACAUAAUUAGAUAAUGCAAGGUUACCACUUACUAUACAGCUACAAUGUGAUGUCAAGUAUAAGGAAAGGUAGGAACUAUAUUUAAUGUCUUUAUUGUUGUUGUUAUUAAUUUCCAUCAUUAUCAGUGGUGGAUUUUUCACGUGGAAAGCAUAGAUGUAAAUUGAAGAACCAGAGCUAGUAUUAUUUUUAUUUGCUUUUUUUUUUAUGAAUAUAUCAAUGCUAGUCCUGCUCUUCAUUUUCCAUUAUUGCUAUUAUUAUUUCUAUUGUUAUUAUCGUGUAGGAGAGUCAGGAUUGCAGUGGAUGAAGGGUAGGGCACAAUCUCAUUAUGAAGUGGCAAGGGUGAACCAGUGUGUGCUGUUAUCUGCUGCUGAAGUAUGUGUCCAAGUGUGCUAUGCUGGAGCCCAUGGUGUGUUGUCAGGUGGUGUGUGAGACUGUCCCUCUCCACCAUGGGCUGACAGGCUAAGGGUGUGAAUAACGCCUGUAUUCAAAAACGCCUUGCUCUCUCAUCACAGUUUUGCAAGGCCACACAGACAACGAGCAGGAUUUUUAAGACGUUUCUCCUUAUAAUCUUCUAGAAAUCUUGUCAUUUCAUCACUAGAACCAUAUGAAUACCCUUAAAAACAUGAGUAUCUUCAACUAGAGCCUUUGGAAAGUAGUGAUGGUGAGAAAGCAGUGGGUUUCAGAGUACGAGCUUUAGUGUGGUGCUAUGUAAGAGUCAUUGUGUGUAGGACUGAUAGUCUGGUAUAUAUAUAUAUAUUAUUAUUAUUAUUAUUAUUAUUAUUAUUAUUAUUAUUUUAUUCCAUCUAGUCCUCUUACAAGUACUAUUGAGUAAUUUAAUUUCCCACUUGUGUUUGUCUGAUUCAUGGCAGUGUUGUUGUUAUCAAACUGUAAGCUUAAACAUCAGUGUCUUUUUUCAACCACUACUAAUGGAAAUUAUUUGGGUUUCAAUGUGUUUUUUUUUUUAUUCAUGACUUCAAUAGUUUCACAGAUCCUGCUAAUCUACAGGAAGAAGACUUAGAGAAUCCUAUUUUAUCACCUCUGUAGCCUUAGAAGAAUUGUCACUUUGAAUACUAUUAUUAUAUUUUCCUAUUGUGAAGGGAUGACUGGGUUGCCUCAGUAAAAGUCAAAAGGAAAUACAGUAGCAUGUAGGAAGUUCAGGAGUGUACUAGAGAAAGCAAUGAAGGAUUGAGAAUA